AUGGGCGAGUUCCCCCGACCAUCUUUGCCCACUGCUACGUAUGUCCAACAAAUGAACAAGAUCGGUCGCACGCGCACACCGGACCCCGAGGUGCUUGGGCUCUGGAACCACACGACAUGUGCGAGGAGGGCCGCCUUCGCCUGCAAGUUACGUGUUGCUUACGUCGUCAUCCAUUGUGUAUAUGCAUCCAUGGCUGAUAACAUUCCUGGAUUUUAUUUGUUUAAUCAAAAGACAAUUAAAACCAUUUACUUUGAACUACAAAUACGUAAGUUGGCCCAUAAUAAAGUAGAAAGUGUUUUUGUUAAUCUAAUAAACGGAGCAGAGUGGAGAAAAGAAGCUCCCCAGGUUUGGGGAGCUUCUUCUACUCCAGUUCUUCUACACCCAAAAUGGGGAGUAGAAGAACUCCCAGAACCCCAUCAAGCAGGUAGCCCAAGGAGUCCUCUCGCCCACUUGGAGCCAGAUUCCCCCGCUUCAUCCCAAGUGCGAGACACAAGUGGAGGCGAAGGGCGGGUCUACAUGGACGGUCAACUGCUUAUCAGGGAUAACUUCACCUUCCAAGUCGACAACGCUGUCAGAGACGUCAUCAUCGGCCAGGAUGAGUUUAUGCCACCCUACUCGCUGAGUGGGAAGAUGAGUCAGGUCAACAUAUGGAGGCGCGUGUUGACGGCUCAAGAGAUCCUUGACCUGGCUCGCUGUAAGGUCAACAUGGUGGGUGACGUCGUCAACUGGGAGGGCCAAUGGACGAUGAAUGACCUGGAGGAAGAGGAAGUGUCGUUAGGGGAGCUGUGUGAGUCGCAGACCAGGGGCAUCCAGACGAUUAGACUUCCACUGCUGAGUUACCACCACGCAGUACAGGUGUGCCUCGCUCUCAGGGGAGUCAUCAGAGCACCUACUACUAUACAGGAGCUCGUCACUGAAAAGGCUGUCUUUAAGGGAUACCAAGAGCUGAACGAGAAGGCGAGAUGGUCUCACGGAGGUGACGGAGAGAAGCACACCAACACCACCGCUGCUCCACCUACCUACCUCUCCCUGCUACUCAAGGGUUGUGAACGUCAGUGGGGUGGUGCUAACGACGAGGCCCAGGAAGGCUCUUGGUAUAACCCAUUUACCAAGACCAGCCUCAACUCGAGCUCACUGGCCUUCAAAGAGUUUAACCCUGACGGCGGCCGCUCCCAGAACUGCCUGCACGUCAGAGCCACGGGCCUCCUCGACACUGACUGCAACAAGAAUAGCUGCUCCGCUUGCCAUGCCGCCGUUGGCAACACCUGGACGCUGAGAGGCAUCUGUGAGGACGAGAUGCGCAUGUACUACUUCGACCUGGUCUCGCUGCCGCUGUCACUACGCGGGUAUGGUGAGUACAAGGUGGAGGAGGUGGGGCACGUGUGGACCUGGUACAACUCUGUCACCAACACUACCAUGGCCACGCUCAUCAACCCCAAACAUCUUAACUACCCCUUCGGCAGACUACCUUGGAAACUAAUGGAGAGUGUGUGCGGUCAGGAGAACGGGACGAGGGUGUUGACGCUCUCCCCGUGCACGUCAGAGGAGUUCACCUGUACUGACGGCACUUGCAUCCCCUUCCUCUUGAGGUGCGACCUCAAGUUUGACUGCGACGACAAGACGGACGAGACCCAAUGUAAUAUUAUCAACUUUCCCAGCGACUACAGGUCAAAACUGCCACCCAGGCCAGGUAAGGACAAAGUAGGCUUGAAAGACACUAUUGUCUAUAAGAUCAGUUCAACAGGAAUAACUGGUAAAAUAGGCCAAUGA